AGUAACUGGAAGAAGGAUGAUGCCGCAGUGCCUCCGAUCUGACCAAUUUUUAACUACAUUUCUUAACUAUUCACUUUGCUACAAUUACUAGGUUUUGCACCCAUAAACAAAUAUAUAAUGCAACUUACUCUAAUUUAGAUUUUGCGUAAUAAAUAUUUGAUGUCAAUAGACUCGCCUCGCGUGCCCAUCCAAGCAAAUUACUUAUUACCCAACAUGUCCGGAACUGCGGGCCGCAGAUGUUUCUGAUUAGUCGCAAGGGCGGCACUCUGCUGGCCAUUAACAACUUCCUCUAUCGCUCCAAUCUCAAGUUCUUUGGCAAGAGCAAUAAUAUUCUGUACUGGGAGUGCGUACAAAAUCGUUCAGUGAAAUGUCGCAGCCGCUUGAAGACCGUCGGCGAUGAUCUCUAUGUAACAAAUGAUGUGCACAAUCACAUGGGAGACAAUGUGCGCAUCGAGGCGGCCAAGGUGUCUGGCAUGCUGAUACACAGAAAACUGAGUUCACUCACAUCUGCUGACCGCAUACAGGGCUCGUGGAAGCUUGAAGACGAAGCCACCGCCACACCCGAUCAGUAACCAUGUCCAUGUCCGUUUUUAGACACAUUCCCUGAUUGUCCAACUAGAAUUUAAGUUAAUGUUUCCGAAAAAGCCGAGCCUAUUUAGGAUGAUUAAGGAUUGGAGAUGACUACAAAGUGCAGUUGCUGCAUCCCCAGCUGCACCUGCUCAAGCGAAAGUCAGUGUCUGGCUCCGUGCGGAAGCAAAACUUCGACCACCUGGACGUGUGCUUCACGCGCAGUAAUCGUGGCAACAACCUGCUCACCAUAGACGGGAAACCCUUUACGCUCAAUCGUCGCAUCAAGGAUGCCUGCUACUGGGAGUGCGUCAAGUUGCGCUGCAAAUACAUCAAGUGUACAGCGCGUGUGGUAACCAAAUCAAAUCAGAUCUCGGCACUGCGCGGCCAUCACAAUCAUCAAUAAGUGUCACGAGUCCCCCCUGUGCCAUCCCUCAUUUUAGUCAAAUAAAACGUUUUUCUGUUGAACCAAAA